CUCUUCUUACAGGCUGAGUUGAGGAGGGGUAGGGAUAGGAGGUGUUCCUGGGCGGGGCCUCGAGGCCGGUUUGGAAUUUUUGGCGCGAGCCGGCUCCGCGCGCGUUCACGGGCCGUUCCCCCUCCCGAGGGUCCUUAGUCUGGGCGUCCGGAGCGGUCGACGGCCGAGCCCAGCCUGCUUGGCCACCUCGACAGCUCCCAAGGCCUCCGCGGAUCCGAGAUUUGGGACCUUGGUGAUCUGCGCCCCGCCUACCAGUCCCAGGAUUUCCCCACGUCAGCGGAGGUGAAUUCGGCCAAGGCCCUGCCCAGGAGGAACUGAAUCUAGCGGUAGACCGAGGUUAGCAGAUUGUGUCCGGCCCAGUGAAAGGGUGAGGCGAGAAGGCUGAGCCCCUGGAAACUGCGGAGGCCUCCCGGGCUGGCCUCGGCUCGGCUCUGGACCACCUUGGAUUGACCCGGGAGGCAGGCGCUGUUCCUUCUACCUACCCCAACCCAUCCCUGAGGUUGUUGGCCAGGCGCUAGGAUGCUUCCUGCGCUGGCCAUGCCUGUGCCCUCGGAGGGUACCCCGCCACCCCUGAGUGGCACCCCAGUUCCAGUCCCAGCCUACUUCCGCCAUGCAGAACCUGGCUUCUCUCUCAAGAGGCCUGGGGGACUCAGCCGGAGCCUCCCACCCCGGCCACCUGCAAAAGGCAGCAUCCCCAUCAGCCGACUCUUCCCUCCUCGGACCCCAGGCUGGCACCAGUCCCAGCCCCGGAGGGUGUCAUUCCGGGGUGAGGCCACAGACACCCUACAGAGCCCUGGGUAUGACCCGAGCCGGCCAGAGUCCUUCUUCCAGCAGAAUUUCCAGAGGCUCAGCCGACUGGGCCAUGGCUCCUACGGAGAGGUCUUCAAGGUCCGCUCCAAGGAAGAUGGCCGGCUCUAUGCUGUAAAGCGCUCCAUGUCACCAUUCCGGGGCCCCAAGGACCGGGCCCGGAAGUUGGCUGAGGUAGGCGGCCACGAGAAGGUGGGGCAGCACCCACGCUGCGUACAGCUGGAGCGGGCCUGGGAGGAGGGCGGCAUCUUGUACCUGCAGACAGAGCUUUGUGGGCCCAGCCUACAGCAGCACUGUGAAGCCUGGGGUGCAAGCCUGCCUGAAGCCCAGGUCUGGGGCUACCUGCGGGACAUUCUGCUUGCCCUGGCCCAUCUGCAUGGCCAAGGUCUGGUCCACCUUGAUGUCAAGCCUGCCAACAUCUUCCUGGGGCCCCGAGGUCGCUGCAAGCUUGGUGACUUUGGGCUGCUGGUGGAGCUGGGUACAGCUGGGGCCAGUGAAGCUCAGGAAGGAGACCCCCGCUAUAUGGCCCCUGAGCUGCUGCAGGGCUCCUACGGGACAGCAUCAGAUGUGUUCAGUUUGGGUCUCACUAUUCUGGAAAUGGCAUGCAACAUGGAGCUGCCCCGUGGUGGGGAGGGCUGGCAGCAGCUGCGCCAGGGCUACCUGCCCCCCGAGUUCACUGCUGGCCUGUCUGCUGAGCUGCGUUCUGUCCUCGUAAUGAUGUUGGAGCCAGACCCCAAGCUGCGGGCCACAGCCGAGGAUCUGCUGGCCCUGCCAGUGCUCAGGCAGCCUUGGCCCUGGAGUGUCCUGUGGUACAUGGCUGCCGAGGCCUUAAGUCGAGGCUGGGCCCUGUGGCAGGCCCUGCUUGCCCUACUGUCCUGGCUCUGGCAUGGGUUGGCUUACCCUGCUAGUUGGCUACAGCCACCAAGCCCACCAGCCACCCCGCCUGGCUCACCACCCUGUAGCCUGCUCCUGGACAGCAGCCUCUCCAGCAACUGGGAUGACGACAGCAUAGGGCCCUCACUCUCCCCAGAGGCCAUCCUGGCCCGGGCAGGGAGCACUUCCACACCCUGGAGCAGGUACACACCCAGGGAUGUCCUGGACCUCAGUAACAUUGACUUAGAGCCUCCCCGGGGUUCUCUUCCCUCCUUUGAACCUCGGAACCUUCUCAGCCUCUUUGAGGACUCCCUAGACCCAACCUGAGCCACAGGCUUUCCCUGGGCACU